AUGCUCAUCCCCCUCACAUCGGCUCUCCUCAUCUUCUUCACCCUCGCGGGAGGUGUGUGUGCCGAGGUCUUCACCAGCUUCUUCUUCACAUACGUCACGCGGCCAUACGACAUCGGCGAGCGCGUCUACGUUGCAACGCCCGGCUCGAGCCCCGCGCUGUCCUCGUUGAUUGUCAAGGAUGUAGAGGUGCUGCGCACGCACUUUCUCACCGCCAACGGCGAGGCGAUGGUGGUGAGCAACAGCUCCGUCAAGAACAUGGCGCUGACCAACCUGUCGCGCUCCGGCAAGCUGACGUUGCUCGUUCAGCUGAUGGUGCCCGCCGCAACGCAGUCGAGCAAGAUUAACGAGCUGCUGGAUGCCAUCGCGACGUUUGCGGUCGAGUCUGGGGAGUGGUCGGAGUGCGAAAAUCAAUUCGGCGAGGCGGCCCUCGACAAGGGGCACCUCCUCCUCAACAUUUGGCCGACGAGUGUGCUCGCCGCCCACGAUAUUAUGGGCGUGUACGGUGCAAAGUCGCGCCUGCUGCUGUUUGCCCACGCGUACAUGCAGGCGGCAAAGAUCGAGUACGUACUCCCCGUCCAGCCUCUGCGUGAGAGCGCGGCGCCCCGGACCGGCUUUGGCGGAGUGGUUGAGCAGGCACUGAGCGCGGCGGCGGUGGAGAAGCUCACAAAGAAAGGCUCGGCCGCCGGCAGCAACUUCCCAUUUGGCGUUGCACGGGGCGCUAGAUCGUGAGGGGAGCGAGGGGCCGCGCGCCAGGGCCAGCGCGUCGCGCGCGGCCUGAGAUGGCGUGGGCUGAAUACACAUGCCACAACAACAUGACAUGUGCCGGCAGGAGGGUGUGUCAGUCGUCUGUCGAGAACCCAGUAGGGCGUUCGUGCAUGUACACUGGACUCUCGUUGUCUCGCACAGUACUCGAGUAGGAAUUCCAUCCAUGUUGUGAGGUUAC